CAAGGACUCAGGACGAGCCGAUGGCCGAAGGAUCGAACCAAAGGCAGGUCCCUCAGGACAAAGGGAAGGGUCCCGAGGUAGUAGCAAGAGCUCCACAGGAGCCUCGCAACCUGACGCUGGAGGAGCUGUCCAGGGAAGCGAAGUACCAGGAAGUCUGGCAGAAGCUCAAGCUGGCCUAUCUCGAAUGGGAAGUAGGCCGAGCGAUGGACGACUCGGAUCCGACCAAGCUCAGGCUAUGCAAGGAAUCCGUCUUCCGAUCCAGGAAGAACUGGCAAGUUCUGACCAGGGAGUAUUAUCUGGACGACAAGAAGAUCAUGGAUUGGCUUCGACCCUCCUUCAAGAACGGGACAGUGAACUGGAACCCGAACGAUCUCUCCAUCAAGGGCUUCUUUCUGAGAAGCGAGGAGAAUCAAGCUCCAGCGGCUACCUCUCGGCCUCAAGCGACCACGGAGGACCGACCCCAAAAGCGCUCCAAGCAUUUCCACAACGACAAUCGUCACCGAUCGGAUCGCGAAGACGCGAGAGCUUAUGUGAGAGCUCAGGUAAUGAUGGGUCAAACCCUCCUCCAAGAGGAGGGUUCCAACAGCUCCAAUCGACGCCGAGGCAAGUACAAUCGUCGAAACAAGUGAAAAAAGAAAAUAUGAAAUGGCUAAGAACUUCAAACAAGUUCAUCACAGAUUCAAUGAAUUGGAUAAGGUAGAUAGGAUUUUUGAGGAUCAUUUUUUAACUAGUAGCUCAAAUAUGGAGCAAAUUUUUAAUAAGGUUGAUGUAGUUUCUCAAUUAAGUAGAAAAUAUAUUCAAAAUAUUUAUGAAGUAGUUGACAGAAUAGAUCAAAAGAUUUUCAGUGAGGGCUCUCCCUUUAUCUCUGCGUUAGAUUCUUUCAAAAAAUUUUUAAAUGAAAAUAAAAAAUUAUCUGUUUCCACUUCUUUUUCUAAAUUGUCUCCAAUGUCAAAUGAAAAAUUUUCUUCUACUGUCCC